CUUGCUCUCAAGUGGGCGAGUUGGGCUGCGGGGAACGGUUUGAUGCGAUGGUGUUGUCUUGUUCGGCUUAUGGCUGCAAGAAUCGGUACGAUAAGGACCGGGGAGUUUCCUUCCACAGGUUUCCCCUGAAACGGCCGGAGCUCUGUAAGAAGUGGCUGGCUGCAGUAAGGAGACGUAAUUUUACACCCACCAAAAACAGCAAUCUUUGCUCGGAACAUUUCACAUUGGACUGUUUUAGAAAGAACUGUAACAACAAAAUACUGGAAGAAAAUGCUGUACCAUCCAUUUUCUGCUUUACACGACCAAAUCAACAGUCAAAGAAGUUAGAAAUGGCAAUGGCAAGUGACCAACCUCGUGCAGCAGAAGAUUUAACAGAGGACGCCGAAUUAAAGCAAGCGCAUGGUCUGCUAACUGUUUACGAUCACAGCUACAGUGUGGGUGAUGCAUGUUUGCAAAAGAAAAAGAUUCAGCAGUUGGAAGAGCAGAAUGAGAAGCUGAAAAAGAAACUGAAAUUCUUACAGCAGAAAUCGCGCCGUCAAGAGCAACGAUUACAGAGAAUGAAGAAAUUAUUACAGGAACUUAAUGCCCAAGAGAUUUUACCACAUCAGAGCUGUGUGCUGUUACAUGAUACUUUGUAUGAAGUGAUUAAAGUUUAAAUGUAAAAAUGUUUACCAGUACAACAUUUAUUAAAUGGCAGAUAGUGUAGAAACAUAACCAAUUAUCUUUACUACCCAGGAUCGAGGGAAGGAGAUAACUAGCAAAAUGCCUCAGGGGUCAAUGCUAGGAUAAUUAUUGUUUACAUUGUACAUAAUGAUUUUGAAUAGGCACAGUUGAAUAAAUUUGCUGACAUAUGGGGUAGGGGACUGCAAAUUACAUAAGCAGACCAACUACAGAGGAAUAUGUGGCAUUGCACUUACUUUUUUGGCUUUUCUAAACUUGUAAAGUGAUGAGAUUGAAGAAAUGGACUAACCAGUCAGAAUAAGGUGAACAGUAGUAGGACAUGACAGACCUAGGGAUAGUGAUAGAAAGCUCACUUAAACAAUCACUGUGUGAAACAGCAAAAAGACAAACUGGGUCCUGGCAUGUAUAGCCAGAGGGAUGGAAUACAAGUCAACGUUGGUGAUGGUGAGGCUUUAGAGAGCGCUCAUUCAGCCCUCCUUGGAGUACUAUGAAUAGUGGCGGAUAUCCUGACUUUUUAUACUAAAAGCAGCUAAACCAAUAUUAGCUAACAGGUGAGUUAAGAAACUGGGAAUGUCUAUGCUGCAGAACAGACUCUUGAGAGAACCUUAUCAAAGUUUUCAAGCUUCUAAAGGCUACAGGUAAACUGAACCAUAAAAUGCUCAACACCACAAACUGCAGCUAGGUGGCAUGAAGUCAAGAAAAGGGGAAAUUAACAGUUUAGAAAUUGUCAUUUGGUAGUACAGAACUUGAGUAUUGCUGAAAAAAGACAUUUUGUUUAAGCUUUUUGUCUUGCAUUCGUCAGGACAAUCACAAGAAUACCAAUGUCAGGGGAAGCAACAACUUGAUAUUGUAUGAGAAGAAUGCUAAUUGGUUGGCACGUGGACCCUGGUGGAGGUGUUGCCAUGGAGAAUGCACUAGUUAAUAGUGACUGACAGUUAACGGCCCACCAGCUGCCUGGUUUAAAAUUUCAAACAAUGCUUGGUUGUUAACGGUCAGUCACCAUUAACUGGUGCAUUCUCUAUUGCAGCACUUUCAUAAAAUGCCUUUGUUCAUCAAUACUCAAGACAAUUUAGACUUUACACCCUAUGUGUGAAGUUGUUGAGUGAUUGGAACAGGACAUUCAGCCAAAAACUACAUGUUUUUGUCCAUGACCACCUAAUCUAAUUCCCUUCUCUUGCUUUCUCACCAUACAACUUUUUGUGCCUCUUUUUCAAGCAAUAGUCUGAUUCCCUUUUAGAAGUAGUUACAGAUUGACACAGAACAAUUGAAGUAGAUAAUUUCAAGUUCUAACCAUCCUGAUUUUUUUUUUCUUUAACUUCCCUUAAUUAUUUUAGUGACUACCUUAAAUUUAUGCCCUUUUAUCAUUCAGUAGUUACAGCCCAUCGUUUUCUUUACAAUCAUUGAAUUCCUUUGUCAUGUCACCCCUUAAUUUCUCACCUACUAAAAGAAAAUAUAAAACCUCAAUUUCUCAAGUCUUUCCAAUGGAUGAGGUGUUACAGUUAGUGAAUUGUUCCAUUGUUAUAUCCUUCCUAUAUAAUGGAAUGUCAAAAUUGUAGACACUAUCCUAACUUAAGGUUUUCUACAAGUUCAAUAUUACCUCCUUGCAUUUGUACUUUGUUUCAAGGUACAGAACCAAGGACUAUAUUUGCAUGUCUUUGAUGGCUUUACCUACUUGGAUUUCCCACCUUUAAUGAUCUAUACACCAAGGACUCUAAGCUCCACUACUGUGUUUUAAAUCUUGACCUCAUUGAAACAUGUAAGAUUCUUAGGUGGCAUGACAGGGUAGAUGCUGAGAGGUGGUUUCCCCUUGUGGGAGAGUCUAGGACCCGAGGGCAUAAUCUCAGAGUAAGUAACCAUUUGAGACAGAUGAGAAAUUUCUUCUGAGGUUAGUGAAUCUGUGGAAUUCUUUACUGCAGCGGGCUUUAGAGGCUGGGUUGUUAAGUAUAUUCAAGACUGAGAUAGAUUUUUAAUUAGUAAGGGAAUCGGGGGAAAAGGCAGGAAAGUGGAGUUGAGGAUUUUCAGAUCAACCAUGAUCUCAUUGAAUGGUGGAGCAGAUUCGAUGGGCCAAAUGGCCUGCUUCUGCUCCAAUUUACGGUCUUAAGGUCUUGUCCCUAUGUUUCCUUAUUCCUGAUGUUUGAGGGAAAACAAAAUGAGAAUAUAGUUCGUAUUUGAACUUUGGAAUUGCAGUGGUUGUUUUGGUCCUGUAAUGUCUUAAUUGCAUUUUCAAAAAACUGCAAAUUGUAUACAAAAUAAUCUUUGUACAAUUAGCUGAGUUGCUUGAUUAUUUCAGUAAUAACGUGUCUAAAAAUUGUAAUGCAGUGUAGUAUCUGUGAGAAACCAAGUCAAUGGACAGAAUUGCUCGUUGUGAAAAUAGGUAAAAUUCUAAAAUAACCAUGUAAUAAAAACAUAGAAUGUCAAAG